GCUUGAAUCAAUAGGUAUUUGGUGUGAAACUUUUUGUUCCUAUUAAUUCAGUCUAAAGAAGAGAGAAAAUCGUAAUUUUUCGAGGAAAAAACCGAAAAACCUUGAACUUUGUAUCACAGUAAAUAAAAAAUUAGCUUUCUUGUGAGACCGUUUUCACUUAUUAUAUUAGUGCGCCAUGCCCUUCCAGAAAAGUGCUCAUAUUUUAAUUCAAGCGGGACGGAUGAGUAUGAAGAAUAUGGAAUAAUGCCGACAGAUGGACAGCCGAUCAAUUGCCAGGCAAAAAGAUAAUUCAUGGUUUUAAGACAGCAACAUUUGAAGUUGAUCAUACAAGGUAUACGCAACUUAUUGAAAAAGAUUCCAGAUCUCUAGGACAAUUCCUUUAACAAUAGUUCAAACCCGCCGAAGUAGCCCCGGACAGAAGGACAAAACGCAAACAAAAAUUUAAAAAAAUGUACCUACUAAGAAAUAGCUUAGAUAUUUUUUUAUCUAUAGCUUAUAAGUAAGGAAUAGCAUAUUCUGUAGUUCACACGACCUUCUAACCUUUGUUGAUUGCUUACAGUAGGACGCAAUAACAUUUUUUUACUCACUGAGUCAAAAGUAAUUUAUGUUCCGCGCGCCUUUCAAUAUGUGUGGGUAUUAUUCACCAUAGUCCACGUAGUACCAUGAAAAUAUAAUUUUUGGAUGUUUGAUUCAUUUAUGGACGGUUUUUCAUGUUUCAGCUUUGAUAGUUCGUUAGUCUGACAGUUAUGGAAACAAACGUAUUGCCAUAGAACAUAUAUGUGAACUGAAAUAUGAAUAUGGUCCCUUUAUGGGCCUGAAGUUUGGAUCCCAACCUAAACCUCAUUUUUGUAUGUUUGAUUGGUUUACUGAAAAAAUAAUUCCACUGGUAAGACGAAUCUGACUCUCAAGCUAUUCGCUGCGGCAGGUGGGAGACUUCAUGUGCUAACCAUCCAUUCUGUAGAAUUAUUUAGGUUUAUGCUACACACUUUAAUUAAAUAAUGUGAGACAUCUAUUCAAAAAUUUGAACGUUGCAUACGUAAUGUGAGUAAAAAAAUAUUUGUUUUCGUGUAGUUUAGUAAUCCCACCCGUAGUCUCAAAGUUUGGGAAUACAACAUUUCUGUUGUGCAACAAAUUUUACUUUUUUCUUCCCAUAUACGUAUUUACGACUUUACCAUCGGGCUAAUAAAAAUUAGCAUGCAAUACAAAUAGUGGUUACGACAGAUAUAUAACCGAAAACAGCAAUUCUGCUCCCAGAACUAAACCGAACCACCUUGUCCAAUCACAAUGUUGUUCAUUUUACUUAUACAGUUUGUUUUUUUGGGAUCUCCAGCACUAUCAGCAGACCUUCCGUCAUACAUAAAACUUUGUAAGAAAACGGUACCGGAUAUUUCGCAAUGUAUGGUAAAUAGUAUUGCGGAAUUGAUACCAUAUCUAAUAAAAGGAAUACCGGAGUUGAAUUUUCCGCCAAUAGAUCCGAUGCAUGGUAGAAACGUUUCGUUCACAGUUCGCCAAUCCUCAAUUAAAGUAUAUGCGGAAUUAGGGAAUGGGGUUGUUACAGGGCUUAAAGAUAUGAAAGUGGAAUAUGCGAAGCUAGAUUUUGAUUCCGGAAUAUUUGAAACCAAAGUCACUGUUCCUCGACUAAUCAUCAAAGGUCAAUAUCGAUUUAAAGGGACUGUAAUGCUGUUCGAUAUCGAUGGCGGAGGAGACGGUGAAAUUAAUGCAACCGAUACGAGUGCAGUUCUCACGCAAUUUGGCGAAUAUUACAUGAAGGAUGGUGUUAGAUAUAUCAAAUUUGAUAAAGCUGAUCUUAAAGCGCAUGCUGAAGGUUUGUCAAUACGUUUGGACGAUCUAUUUAAAAACAACGAGGCCCUUACGCAGUCAGUGAAUAAAUUAAUUAACGAUAAUAUUCAAACCCUUAAAUUCGAGUUGGAUGAGCUUUUAGGAAAAGCCAUCCAACAGACUGCUCUACGUGAUUUCCUUGAAAUAUAUAACAUGUUUCCAAUCGAUGUAUUAUUUCCGAACUAGUGCCGAAUGUACAAUUUGUAAAAAGUAAUUAACAAUAGUUCUAGGUAAUAAAUGUUUACUAUUA